UUGGUUGGCGGAGUUUGAGCAACAUGUUCUGGCUUGACAACAUAUCUCAUGUGUUUAUGCAUGGGCGUCAAGUGUAAUGAUCUUACUCGCUGUACACAGACUAUGGCGUUGAUCUUAAUCAAAGGAAUUAUUAUAGACCUUUCCAAAGUUUCCCACAUGAAUAUAAGCAAUGCCUGGUCAACACCAUGUUCACUUUAGUGAUUCAACCUUACAAGACAGAGAAGAAUCACAACCACGCAAAUUGGAAAGAUUGUCAGAAGACAUGGCCAUGUUAAAGUUUCCUAAAGUGAAGAAUAUUUUGUGGGACCAUGACAGUGCAGGAGAUGAUGUACACCUUAGUCUCUCAUACUACAGGAAACCUCAGCUGUAUGUUACAGAAAAGGUACUGCGUUUUGCUCAGAGGCACCUGGAGAGUUCUCGAGGAACAUCCUGUAGUUGUGCUCUUCAGGGAUCCAUUGCAGUAGAUCAAGAUGGAGAGGGCGUGACCUUUGUUCUGGAUAGGUUUGACCCUGGAGGGGGAGGCACUGUCAGCUGUAAUGGUCUUACACCAGGAGAUAUCUCUGUUCCAUUUGAGAUGUCUGGAAACACAAAAGAAAACCGUCAAGGAUCACAGAAUGAUUACUUGAAUGCUCUAAAGCUUUUACAACAGAAAAUUAGCAGUAAAGAUCCAAUAGAACUCAGUAAUUUUCUCCUUGUAAGAGGAUGGUGCAAUUUUUACACACACGGCGAUAAAAGUGUUCAUCACAUUGACUUUGAUGUUGUUACCUUGGCAACUGAAUUUAAGGUCUCUCCAAUAUCAGUUGUUCCUAUAGUGCCAACAGCAUUGUCUAAGAAUUUGUCUGGGCCUAUGAGUCUUAGUCAUUUACAGGGGGAACCAAAGACUGGCUACCUCACCAUGGACCAUACCAGAAAAGUUUUAUUAGUGCUAGAAUCUGAUCCUAAAGUCUUCAAUCUCCCAUUAGUGGGAAUAUGGAUUAGUGGUGUGUCCUAUGUAUAUAGUCCAUUUGUCUGGGCAAGCUGCAUCCGUUACCUCUUCAACUCUAGCAUAAAUGACAGAGUUUGUGCUAUACCUGAACCCUUCCUAUUGGUGCUAUACAGUCCUCUACACUCCAAGCCUGAAUUUUAUGAUGUUACUAUACAGAACACAGAUGGAAAACCCCAGUUUGACCUCUUCUCAGGCUAUGAGGUUGUUAGUCUAGCAAAAACUAAAACCAACAGUUCUCAAAACAGUGUGGAACUUGAACUUAGUGCUACAAAAACAGGAAAGAAAAGAGAGACAUUUGAUGCUGCAUUACAUGAAUUUAGCAGUUUCAGACCCUCAUUAAAGAAGACAGCUGUUGAGGUGCCUGUAUCUGCAGCUGAAUUGGAGGAAAUGACGCCCAGAAGUCGACCUGCUCCUUACACAUCACAGGUGCCUAAAGCUGUUCCAAUGGUACCAGAGGUUUCACUGAUAUUUGGUGAUGAUAACUCAGGAAUACUGACAGAUACUGGGCCUAGACAACCACCCAUCAUGCAUGGCAAACCAACUGGAGUUCAUCAUGUUCAAGAAUUUUUAUCCAGUACUCAUCAACCAUUACAGCAUCCACAGUCUAGUCAAAAUCAAAACCCAACACCCAGUAUCCACAGCAAGCUAACCAGUCAUUUCCCAAGUGCUCCAAAUUUGCAGCAGAUGAGAUCAGUGAAGCAGCAACAACAGUGCACAUUACCCUGCUGUUCUAAGAACAAAGUGAUGCAGAAUGGUAGACUUGCUCAAAAUUAUUUAUCCAAUGGAAUAUCUCAGCAAAACAAAGCACAGAAUGGUAUGGAGACUUUUCCUCAACCUUCUAAUGCUAGACAUCACACUAGAUCCAUGACUACAGGGUCACAAAAACAUAACAAUGGGAAUGUUUAUCUAGCACAGCAGGGAUACCCUAAUCCAAUGUCUAGCAAUGACCCAUACAGGCCAGCACCCCCUCAACAUGGUGUACCAUUCUGCAGAGGGAUGUCUUAUCCAGGUCAUGGAGGUCCUCCCAGUGACCUGAAACGAACUUGUUCAUGUCCUGACUGUAUGUACAGUCUUCCUGUACAAAAUGCACAGACUCACACGCCAGCUCAAAUGCAUCCACAAAAUUAUAGUGUACCUUCCAACUUGAUGCACCAGACAAACCAUCCAAUAAAUCCAGGAACCUCCUUCCCCAGACCAGCACAUAUCAGAUCACAGUCUCAAAAUGCUCUGCUACCACAAUAUUCUAAAGCUUUCCCUGUGAUGUCUCAGUCACAUCUGCCACAGAAUACUCAAAAACCAAGUUACCCACGUCCCAUGCUUCCUGCAGAAAAUGCUCCAGUUAUGCAACCUGUAUCCCAGGAAAUUGUUAUUACCCAUCCACCCCAAACUACUGCAAAUACCAGAUUGCAAGAAUCAAUUCCACUUCCUCAAGAAUCUGCUUUGUCACCUGGCAUUGCCACUGAAGCUAGGAGCAGUCAGGGAGAUAGCAGUGGAAGAUCUAGUGAUGACAGUGGUUUUAGCAUUACUCCUGAAAAGAAAGCAAACAACUCAGCAGAAAAUAAUACAGACUUCCAAGCAUCAACUUUUGGAAAAGGGAUUAACUGGAACCAGGUGCCCCCAGAGGUAUAUCAACUUCUCUUGCAACAGGAUGCUCAAAUGAAACAAUUGCAAGCUCAAAUACAAACUUUGAUACAAAAUCAGAGUGUUUCAACUCAACACACAACCAUGACAGAACUGAACUCCACAGCAGGAAAGCCAUCCAUCCAAAAUGUAACAGGAAUGGAACAAAAUGCUCAGAAGUGUGAGAUGGGAACCAACACCACAGUGUUCUACCCAUCAGACAGGAACUCUGUAGCUCUGCAAACAAGUCCUGUCAAACAAAUGUCCAAAUCCCUAGAACCUGUGGUUCCUCUCUGGACAAAAUCCCAGGAAUAUCCAGACAUUGGAAGAUCCCAGGAGCAUUCAGACAUGGGUGGAUCUCAAGAAUAUCCAGACAGUGCCAGGUCUCAGGACUGUCCAGAUAGUGCCAGGUCCAGGGAUCCUCCAGAUAGUGCCAGGUCUAACAGGAGUUCCUCCUCACAGCCUGUUAAUGGUCAUAUGACUGAUAGAUCUAGUCACAGUUCUCACUGCAGCCAAACCUCCCAGGAGGGUAGUAAUUAUGAGGCCCGCACCCCGGCAGAAAUCAGACACAGAGGAGUUCUGCCCAUGAACAGCACAGAGAGGGAAGACUUUGAUCUGAACAUGUCACAGGGAGAACUGUGCAAUGUGGUGAACAAUGUAGCAUUGCACAACAAGACCAUGGAUAGUAUACACUCAGAUAUGAUUGUGGACAUGCCCAGCUACCAUUCCUCUCCAUCCAGGUCCCAGGUAUCUCCAGACUCUGGAUCAGGUGAGAUUUCUCAGAGCCCAAUCAGUGCCAGUAUGUGUGGGGACCAGCCACAGUAUAGUGGGGAUUCAGAGGAGGAGGAGGAUGAAGAUGGGCCAGGGCAGCUAAGUGCUGACAACAAGGAGUAUUAUGACAAACUCAUGGACAACAUUCACAAACUUCUGCAGCAGCAAGACAGUGAACUGACAGUUGACAAUGUAACGGCAGAUACUUUGCAGAACAAUACACUACAACAGAGUGUGAUGUUAGGACAGUACCUUAACUCAGUGAGAAUUAAUGGAGGACAGAAUCCAGUGGAAACAACAUUCAUUCCCAAAAUUAACUACAUGUCCAUGAUGUUUGAAUCUGAUUCAGACUGUUCUAUGGAGAUCAAUGCCAUGGCCAUGAAAUAUCUCAAGGAUGAGCAGCUCACUCAAUUGACCAAACUUCAGACUCAGUCUCGUCUGAAAGGAAACAAGGAUAGUCACAAGGCUAAUCUACUUCGGCAAGUUCUGGUUGAUGGUAAAGAUUCAACUCCAGAUGUUACCACAAUGGGCAUGUCACCCAAUGAUAUGACGUUUGCCACAAGGAAGUACCUGGAGAAGUAUGGUCUUGUUAAUGACAGCGAGAGCACCAAGUCUGGAAAUACCUCAGAGUCUACUGCAAAUGACACGUACGAACUGAAAGUUAACUUCUCAACAGUAAACUCUCCAGUAAAUUCUCCACAGAGAGCAGUACCAGACUCUUAUCACACACCUGUGUCCCGAAAGUCUCGCAGCCCAUUUCUAGACUCACUCAGAAGCCAGAGUAAAACUGGAAGUCCAUUCCAGAAUACCUCAGGAAGCCCAAUUGUAAAUAGCGCACGGAUUAUGGAGAAUUCUUCAAGUCCAUAUGUUCACAAUGGAACUGUAUCUGACAGAACAGGCAGUCCAUAUGCAAAUAGUUAUAAUGUGUCCUCCAGGACACCAGACAGUAGGAGAGAACCUAUUGAUAGUCUUCAACGGAGACUUCAUGAUGGAUCCAACAGUUAUGGAACAGAAGACUCCGCCCUUAGGACACCUGUCAGAAACAAGACUGAUUCCUAUGAAAAUGAAAAUCAUAACAUUACCCCAAAAUCUACGCCAAACCAAAGAAUGCAACCAGUGCUAAGACCAGCUUUCACACCUUCACCAAAUCGUGGGGAAAGGCAACAUAUGUUGAGUCCAAUUGCACAAGAGGAACCACCAGAGACAGGCCAAGCCAAUUUUAACAUUCAGCAGUCAGAGCAUGAUGAUAAGGUCCUAGAUAUUACCAGGCUCAAAAUGAUGCCAAAGCUUUUAUGAUAUUCCAUGGUUGAACAUGACAAACUUCAUUUAUUAUACUUAGAUAGAUUUAUCAACUUGUUGAGUUUAGAAUGUAGAAAUGUUGUAUUUUUAGCACCUAAUUGUAUGAAUACCUCUGCUUGAAGUAAAGCAUCUAGGCAUAUUGUAAACAUUUCGAUGUAAAUAAGGCACUUGUUUCUGCUCAGCACUGGUUGCCCCAGGCAUGUCUUGGUGGUGUUUUAAAUUUUAUUUAUUUAUUUUAUAAGCCCAAGGCUGUGAUAUUUUUGUCUUUUAUUUUGAAUUGGUCAUUAAAUGACUACAGGUAUAUUCCUUAUCUGUCCAGAAAAUUCAGGUUCAGUUUUAUCUUUCCAGUUAAUUACAAACUGA